AUGGACCAUAGUGUGGAGGCUGCCGCAGCCCCAGCUGUGCCUCAGGAGUUGCUGGAAGAAAUGCUUUGGGUUUUUCGAGUAGAAGAUGCAUCUCCUUGGAAUUCUGCCAUUCUUACCCUGGCCUCCAUUGUGAUUGUGAUAAGCAUCGUCCUUCUGGUAAGGAGUAUCCAGGCAAACAGAAAUCAAAAGAUGCUGCCCCCGGAGGAACAAAUUCCAGAAGUCCUGUAUUUGGCCGAGGCCAGAAACAAAGAUGACAACAGCACGAACACUCAAAGAGAGACUUUGCUCUCAGAAAAGCCAGACUUGGCCCAAGUGGAAACUGAAUUAAAAGAGAGUACUGUCCCAUCGGCUCUCCUUCCAGACCCACUAGGAUCUGAGAGCUAG